UGCGCACUGGCGCUCCCUUGCUCUCUGUCUCUCCGCAGUCGCUUGGGAACCCGAAGUGCUGCUUCCUCUUGUCUUUCCUCCCAAGAAGAAGGACGUUGCAAGGGUCCCGUGCCUUUCAAAGAAGAGGCUGCGCGUGGAGGAAGGAUGGAUUGGGGCCGCCCGUCCACGGAGGUCUUGAAGGAGGAACCGGGCCAGGAGGCCUCUCCGGAUUAUGACCAGAAGAGAGAUCCUUCUUGGGGGUCACGUGGGAUGCCCUUGGGAUUCUCUCAGCAGAGAGUGAAGGACGAAGGAGGAGAAGUGGAGAGACACCCAAGGAUGGACAGGACCUUCCUGGUUAAGGAUGAAGGUGCCUUUCCAAUCCCAAAUCUGAAGGAAGAGACCGGGACUGGAUGCGCUUUUUGUGGGAAGCCCUUGGAGUCUGGAUCCAGGCUUGAGCCGGAAGAAGGGGAGGGACCCUCCAUCUGUGUCGCCUGCAGAAAGAGCAGCUCCUUUGAGGGAAUUCGUACAGAGAAUACACCGGAGUGUGGAAAGAGCUUCACUGAAAACGGACGUCUACAUUCAUUCCCAAGAACAUGCCCUAUGGAGAAACCCUAUAAAUGCCUCGAGUGUGGGAAGAGCUUCACUCAGAGGGCACAUCUACAGAGACAUAACAGAAUUCACACGGGGGAGAAGCCCUAUAAAUGCCUGGAGUGUGGGAAGAACUUCACAGAGAGUGGAAAUCUACGUUCACAUCAAAGGACACACACAGGGGAGAAACCCUAUAAAUGCCUGGAGUGUGGGAAGAGCUUCACUCAGAAUGGUCAUCUGCGUUCUCAUCAAAGGACACACAUUCGGGAGAAACAAUAUAAAAACAUGCAGUAUGGAAAGAGCUUCACUCAUAGUAAUUAUCUACAUUGCCAUCAAAGACCUCACAGUGAGAAGAAGCCAUAUAAAUGCUUGGAGUGUGGGAAGAGCUUCACCGAGAGUGGAAAUCUAUAUUUGCAUCAAAGGACCCACACAGGGGAGAAACCCUAUAAAUGCCUGGAGUGUGGGAAGAGCUUCACUCAGAAUGGUCAUCUGCGUUCUCAUCAAAGGACUCACAUUCGGGAGAAACCGUAUAAAUAUAUGCAGUGUGGAAAGAGUUUUGUUUGGAAUUAUUAUCUACAUUGCUAUGAAAGACCUCACACUGGGACAAAUCCGUACAAAUGCCUGGAGUGUGGGAAGAGCUUCUCUGUCAGUGGAAGUCUACAUUUACAUCAAAGGACCCACACCGGGGAGAAGCCCUAUAAAUGCAUGGAGUGUGGGAAAGGCUUUGCUUAUGGUUCUAGUCUGGCUGGGCAUCUCAAGAUCCACACUGGGGAGAAAUGCUUUACAUGUCUGCAGUGUGGAAGCAAUUUCCGUAGUAGUUCUGCCCUCAAAUCGCACCUGAAGGUUCACACCGGAGAGAAACUCUAUGCGUGUCCUGAAUGCGAGAGACACUUUGCUCAUAAGUCAACUCUAAUUAGCCACCUGAGGGUACACACCGGGGAAAAGCCAUACAAAUGCUCUGAUUGUGGGAAGACCUUUCACCAGAGUUCACACCUCAUUGUGCACCGGAGAGUUCAUACGGGGGAGAAGCCCUACACGUGUGCCGAGUGUGGAAAAACCUUUACUCAGGGAAGCCACCUUAACGUUCACCGGAGAAUCCACACAGGAGAGAGACCUUACGCCUGCACAGUAUGCGGAAAGGCUUUUAAAACGGGGACGGCCCUUGAGCAUCACCAAAGAACCCACACUGGGGAGAAGCCCUAUACAUGUUUGGAGUGCGGGAAAAGCUUCACUCAGAGCGCAGCCCUUUUUACGCAUCGGAAAACCCACACUGGGGAGAAGCCGUAUUCCUGCUUCGAGUGCGGAAAGAGUUUCAGAAGUGGGCCGGAUCUCACUGUUCACCAGAGGACCCAUUCUGGAGAGAAGCCGUAUCAAUGCUCUGAGUGUGGGCAGAGUUUUGGUCACAGCGGAAGCCUUGCUGUGCAUAAAAAGGUUCAUGGAGAGGAGAAACAUCAGACAGACUUUGUGUGAGGAGAAAAAAAAAUACUCUUCUACAUCACAUGUGCCCAACUUAAGGUUAAAUCUGGCCUGCCUUAUCUUAUUGAUUCAGUAAUGUAGAUGCCCUAUAUCAGUUGUUUGAUUGAGACAAAUCACCUUCCCGAUCUCAAUUCCUCCUCCGACGAUUCUGGCUGUCAUCUCAGAACGCACUGAAUUAAUUUGCCUCAUGACUCAGCUUAUCAAAGCGGCUCAAACUUUAUUGCAGUAUUUACAACUACAGUAGAGUCUCACUUAUCCAACAUUCGCUUAUCCAACGUUCUGGAUUAUCCAACACAGUCUGCCUUUUAGUAGUCAGUGUUUUUGUAGUCAAUCUUUUCAAUACACUGUGAUGUUUUGGUGCUAAAUUCGUAAAUACAGCAUUACUGCGUAUUGAACAACUUUUUCUGUCAAAUUUGUUGCAUAACAUGAUGUUUUGGUGCUUAAUUUGUAAAAUCAUAACCUAAUUUGAUGUUUAAUAGGCUUUUCCUUAAUCCCUCCUUAUUAUCCAAGAUAUUUGCUUAUCCAAGCUUCUGCCGGCCCGUUUAGCUUGGAUAAGUGAGACUCUACUGUAUCUACAAGACAGAUUGGACAAUUACCAGACUCCGUCUGACUUCUUCGAGCACGUAGUUAGGAGUGAACAUUCCAUUCUUAUUUCUAAAUAUACGUCCAGCUAGCAACCGGAAACUUUCCAAAGUUACACUCAAUGAUUACCUUCCCACUCUAUGCAUUUAACCUCUUCACUUCUAGAUUACACACAGCUUUAAACACUAAGCACAAUUUCACUCUAUACCAAUAUAUUUUACUGCCACCCUCUUUGUUGUACCAGUAACCACACAUGUUAUCAGAUCCAUGCAGGAGAGGAAGCAUUUUUGCAUGUGGUUGACAUCAUAUGAAAGCGUACAGAGCUGAAAUAUUGGAAAUUGCCAUGUUUUUUAUAAGUGAGCUUCGAGUUGGUGUACAUUUUCCAAAACUUAGAAGAAAUGGAUGUGACGUGAUCUAUUUACAGGAAACGCCUAUAAAGCCAAAGGAUGAAAGACUGUGUAUCAACUUCAAAUUGGACCCCCACUUUGCAGCUUCGAUUAAUCAGAAAAAAUUGUUUUCUGUACAUUUGCUGGGUUUAUUGGUAAAUUAGAAGAGAAAUAAAUAAAAAUACUGUUUUAUAACCUAUAACCUCUUUAGGAAUCCCAUUGAAGGUUCACCAUGGACUCAUGCUGGAGGACCCAAAAAUGCCCAGAGAAGGCUUCUCUGUAGGAAGCUACGUCCUCCAACACAAUUCUAUGGCCAGAUUCUUUCCUUUUUUUAAAGUAACAUUUUAGUCAAGAAUAUAAACAAAAUAAAGCACACAAACAUUUCUCUCUCUUUAUGUAUAUAUGUGUUUGUAUAUGUAUAUGUAUUUAUGAGGGUUUUUCAUUCUUAAUUGUGUAUUUUUUUUGAAGUAUCGAAACAGAGAUCCUUGUUCUCUUUCCUCUUGGGUGUAUAAAUCUUUUAAUAAACUCCUUUAAAUGUGUUA